UUUAAUAAGUCAUCAGAUUCAUCCACGGCAGUUACACCAGAGGCACCAAAGAUCAGCUCUAGGACAGAAAAAUUGGUAUGCACUUCAUUAUUAAAUUAUUUAUUAAUUGUUUGCGUCUUUUAAUUUUUUUUACUUUUGUUUAUGCCUUUUUUAAUUUCAUUUUUGUCGUUUCUGACAUUUAUUGGUUUAAAUCUAUACAUAAAUCUUAUUUGGAAGCUGUAGGAUUAAAAAGGUUUCAUCUGCAGAAAACUCUAUUUUCCUUUUGGGUCUAAAAGAUUUAGCCCUGUAGAUAAAUAUCGAAAUUCGACGGCGCGUAUGAUAAAUAAACUAAUAGUAAUAUAAAUUAACCUUUUACGAGCUGUAUCAAGAGAGCAUUUCCACAAAAGGAAACAAACUGUUAUUAAAUUAAGAUCAUGGGCUUAACUUCAGUAUGUAUUGUGAGAGCAUAAUUUCAGUCAUUUCCGCAAAAGGAAACAGAGGUGUUAUUAGAUUAAGAUCACGUGCUUAACAUCAGUUUUCUUCAUGGUAGGCUAAGGAUUUUGUUUCUACCUUAAACAAAGUAGAUGUCCAGCAAAAUAGCAGCUUGAAGGUUAGUUGAACAUUCUUCACUGACUCUCUCAGUAGUUUUGGAAGACAAAUAAAAAUAAGAGUGACCGUUUCAACACCUAUUCAUCUAUCUGUGAAUCCGCCACCGAUUCUUUCCUUAAUUUAUUCAUUCCCUUGCUUCCAUUCUCACUGUUAGGAGGCAGUCAAUUUGUUUCAAGACACUAUCGAAGAGUACAGGAGAAUUCACAACCUUGAAACGCAAGUGAAUUUAAAAAAAAGGGAGGAGCGUGUGAAAUCGAUAUCUGAAACUGCAAAGGCUUUUGAGGAUUUUGUUCUCAAGUAUGCGCAACAUCAUCUCAGUGAAUCAAUGCCACAAAUCUACAGGGUUUACGAAUCACUAGGUAUGUUAACCUUAGAUGUAUCUUUGUUUGUCUAAUCUAGGUAACAUUUCAUGAACACAAUCUAAUUUUUUUAUUGUUUUGUGAAUAGUUCUGCUUCACCAGAGAGCUUCACACGGAAAUAAUCAAGAUUUCUACCUCGUGGAACCACAAAAAGUCGAAUAUAUUAGAAUACCUUCAAGAAUCGUUGGAAGAAACGGUUGGUCUCAAUUUUGUUUCCCAGUCUCUAAUUCCAUGGCAUUUGUAUGGCAACUGCUUUGUUUCCAAAACACAAGCCACAGUUGCUGCACUAAUGUUUCAUCUCCACCUUUCCCUUUAUUUGUAAAAACCGUCAACGUUUACAUCAAUAACAAGGCACGCUUACCGAAAAAAAGGAUCUUUUUUUUUCGAUCGUACUUUCAUUAGAAACAUAUAUAACAGAUAGUUAUGGAUUUGCGGUCACUUUUGUCUACUUAAUAAUCGUUAACUUUUGUUUCACUGGAAUUGGUAAGUUUAAAAAAUUAAAGAUAAAUACUAAUCCGAGUUUUUCCUUUUUCUUCUAACUAAGGUUCAUUGCUAGUGGGUAUCAUAUACACAGAUCUACAUUCGCUCUUCAAACCAACUCGAAUCGACAACAAUACAAGGUACGAUAAUUGAACCAUUUGAUGCAAAUAUGAACUCCAAAUGAGUCAUUUCAAAGUAAAUUUACCCUCACAAUUACUUCGCACUUAGGAGCCUUAACUCAAAACUAAUAGCAGCGACGAUGGAUCCAAUGCCGAAACAAUUGGAACAGAAUGUCAUCAUGAGAUUCAGAAAUAUCAAGGUUUUUUUUUUAACUGUAUUUUAUUGUUAUUUUUCAAUCAAUAAUGGUUUUAUAUACGCGUAUAAAACAUUAUCUUUUCACUUCCAUAUGCUAUCUUUUUCAGGCUACUGAUACUAAAAGGCAGUGUGUGUUUUGGAAUGAAUUUAAUGAAGAGAGGUAACAGUCCAAAUGAAGUUUUAACUCCUUCCUUUAUAAACUUAAAAUUUAUCAAACCUGCUGAAAGUAAAUUUUUAACCCUAACUCUCAUUGGCUGACCAUCCUAGAGCGGAACAGAACAGGUUCGUUCUAUCGAAUAUUUAGCUCUUCUUCUGUUAAUCAGCAUUGAUCAUUCACCAUACCUUUUUCAGUCCAGACGGCUGGUCUGGGGAGGGCUGCCAUGUGGUAACGUCAGAGAGCGAUUCAGAAGAAACAGAGUGUAGUUGUAAUCAUUUGACUCACUUCGCGGUUUUACUCGAGUACGAUGGUACUCAAACGGUAAUGAUAAUGUGAAAACAUUUUUUGUUUGUUUGUUUGUUGCUAUGUUUUCGAUCUCAUAAUUUCAUAAUUCAAUUAACGAAACACUCGGCUACAUCUGUAACAAAGGCAAAGAACACCAGUAAUGACGCAUACUUUCAAAAUGUUUGGACAUCUUUUCAAGUCAUAACACUAAGAGAAUGAUGUUUAUCUGAUAACUACUUUGAAACAAGCUCUGCUUUGCAAAAUUAAGAACUAAACGAACUUAAUCUUUCAGUGAUCGAGUUCAAAGAGAGAGCUUCUCUCGUGUGUACUACGUUCAUGCAACUUUUAAAUAGUACUUUUUUCUUUUCUUUCAUUAUAAUUUUUUUAUUUGUUAUUGCUGUUUUUUGGUUUGUUUUUUCGUAUUCUAUUCACAUGCAAAGCAGAUAACAGGAACACAUCAAAAAACAUUGAACAUCCUUACGUACAUGGGCUUAGCUCUCUCCCUCAUUGGAAUAACAAUUACUGUGUUCUCCUACAUUUUCCUAAGGUAAGUCAAAAUACAGACAAGUGUAACACCACUUAAAUUAGGGGCUGUUUUUCAAUGUUUCCUAAUAAUUAUUUAGGUGAUAACUUAUUCCGUCGUUGAGCGCUUUUUCUUGUUACAGUGAUAUGCACCAACCUCUCUCUCAAAUAAGAGUGAGUCUGACUGGAUCUCUUGGAGCUGGGCAAGUCAUUUUUCUUGCUGGAAUUAACAAAUCAACAAUCACGGUUUGUGCUCUUUUAUACUUAACUAACCAAGCAUUUACUUACCCAUUAUAAUUUUUUGGUAAAAAAAAAUGAUCUUUUGCUUUACGAUGCUAAAUAUGAGAACAUUGAUGAAAAGAAUUCGUAAGAUCUGUUUGCUAAAGACGACAAUGCGCUAUUUAUGUGGUGCAAGACUUCUUUUUUUAGAAAUAAUAUGGCUGAUGGACUCAUGUCUGAUCUCCUCUUUCGUUCACUUCUUUACAUUCUAUCAUUGUUUUCAUCAUGAUCAUCAUCCAGUUGUUGUUUGGCCACAAUUCUAGAUAUUCUGCUACUUAUACAAUGGACGGCCUUGUCAAAUUUAGCGGGCUGAAACCACGAAUGCUUCAAAAUCGGCACAACUGUGUAACCACGCAGCAAUUUCAUAAUGCAACCAUUUUCAUAUUUGCUAGUCCUGAUGUGAUCUAUUACAUGAGAUCAAGAAAUUACCCAUCCUGGUUCCCUGACCUGCAGUUCUAUAACAAAAUAUAGCGAAGCACUUUCACGACUCUCCUAACGGGUGGCAAGCAUUCGGCGGGCACUCACUUUCAAUCAUGAUUUUCUCAUAAUCAGGACUUCCUGAAUUACUCGAUAUAGUGACAAACACGGAUGUUUAUUGCCAUUGCAGCACAAAGCUCUUAACUGCGUUUUUGUAUCGGCAAUUCUUUAGGCUACCUGUGUCGCUGUGGCGGCUCUGAUGCAAUACUUUUUUACGGCCGCUUUUUGUUGGAUGAUGGUGGAGGGAAUUUACCUUUACUUGUUUAUUGUGAAAGUUUACAACAUUAAAAACCGGAUGGCUAUCUAUCAUGCUUUUUCAUGGGGUAAGUUUCAGUAGCAAUACUCACAUCUCUGUGUUCAGUGUCUGCAGUUGUAUCUUGUCACAACUCCGAGUUACUUAUUGUUUUUCUCUUGCAGUUUUUCCUGCAGUAAUGGUCAUUUUUUCUUUGAGUAUCGCUGCAGGAAAAGACGGAAUCAAGAGCUUUGUCGACGAUGAACAGUUAAUGAGAAAUCUUUAUAGAUAUAAAAAACCCUGAAAUUCCUUUGCCAUUUUCUCUCCAAUUGUGGUUUUUUAUAAGACAUUUUCAUUUUUUUGAAUAGCUGCUGGAUGUCUUCUGCAAACAAUCUUAUUUGGAUUUUUGUUGCGUUUGUGAUAAUAGUUGAAGUGGUAAGUAAAACCAUAUUUGAUAAGGAGUGUUCUCUACUACAAUCAAUGGACUACAAUUUAUCAUCCUUGUUUUUCUACUGAGCACUAUUUACUAUGGGCUGUCAUUCUGCAAGUUUGUGUCCUAGUGUUUGCUUGUGUUCCUCUUUCUACCUAUCUGUAUCCCACCAAUUCGUUCGUUGUCAGUCAUUGAGAUGUUUUCAUUUUAAGCUGAACAUACUGAUUCUUGUGCGAGUCAUCAGAGAAAUGACCAAAAUGCAGCAAAAAAGGGGAACUAUUCAACACGUACGGUGAGCAACGUUGUUAACUAAGAAUAAUGUAUGUAGAUAGGAAUUAGAGAGAUGGUAAGUUUUGAGCUCGGUAAAGAAAUAAAGAAAGAUGUUUUUCGUUCUGUCACUCCACGGUAAGCGAGGUCUAUCAAAAUCAAAUUUCUAUUAAAACAUCUUUCUUUAAGCAUAAUGUAGUAUGCGAUUUUGAAUUCACUUAUUACACCAGGUAAUGUCUACUCUCGAGCAUAGUGGCUCACACGGCCGAGAUUUUAAAGGGAUUAUGUAGUAUUAAGUAAAUUGCUACUUUCCUUGAGUCAACUUUCCAUCUCAAGUAAGCUCUUAGCGUUUUCUCAGUUUUCUCUGACAGUUUGUCAAUACCCAGUUAUGCUCUUGGUUGGAGACAGCCACUUUGGAAGUUAACAAAACAAAUCACACAGCUAAGGCAUAAUGUGAAGAAACUACGUAUCUAGCUAAACACAGCGACCGGUUAAUAAAAUUGAUCUAGUUAAACAAGCUUUCUUAUAGGCUCAUUUCAUAUUUCCUUCCUACUUUCAGACUUGGGAUAAGGACAUGUGUUAUUUUGCUUCCUCUUCUGGGAUUCACUUGGUUGUUUGGCCUUUUGUCACCAGUGCAUAGAGCAUUCACCUACAUUUUUAUCAUCCUUAACUCUACUCAGGUUUGAAACCAUAUUGUAGCUAUGUUUGUUUAUGUUACAUUUUUAUUGGCACAAUUCAGACCAAGAAGAUCUCGUGUAUUGCUCAUACUUGUUUCUCUGACAUGAUUAACGAAUAUCGUUAUGUGUAUUAAACGCUCAUAUGGUAGAGAUAAUCAUCCAUUUGUUAUUAUUUUUGUUUGUUUGUUUUUUUCUGUUUUGUAAUGUUCUGUUGUUGUUGUUAUUUUUUUUUAUUGUUUUUUUUUUCCCUAAUGUCUCCUUGGCAUUUAGCCAUCACCCACCCCUGGCAAGAGAGAGAAAGUGUUAGGGACAACGGCUAGGGUUGGGCUUGAGCAAAACUUUCGCUAUUUACUGAAAAUUGUGCUUGUUAGUUUCUCAACCUUUUGAUCCCUUGCGGGUAAUAAUAAAUGUUUUUUAAGCAUAUCCCGAAGAGCACGAUCACAUAAAAAAUUUCAGCUUUUGAUCGGUGCGUUAUAUUCCCAAAUGAUGACAUAUAAUUUAAGGUUCGUUCUUCUUUGUUAGGGUUUCUUGAUUUUUCUUCUUCAUUGCGUUAGGAACAGUCAGGUGAGAUUUUCCAAGAAAUGA